UGUGUCAACAUGUACUCGUAUAUUGUUGUACUAAGCUUGGUCGCUUGGGCCCACGGCCUCGAUCCAGAGGUACAAGAAAAGUUCGAAAAGUUACCACGCGAUGACUUCGUCGUCUAUUUUAAUAACAAGAACUUCACGUGGAAAAUAAAAAAUAAUAACUUCAUCGACGAGAAGAUCAUGAGCAGCGUCGAACUCCGCUCAGUCGAUGUUCCGUUGAAAAUCAAAAGCGUGGAAAAUCGGGACUCAGUCUCGGGUAUACCAAAGGAAUACAAUGUUGCAGAACACCUGGCACGCACUGGUAUUUGUUUAUUUAUAGAUGACUAUGAGCAAGCAAGAAAUUGUAGCUCAAGUUGGGCCAUCAGUGCGGUAGGGGUCGCCGCCGAUAGACAGUGUAUGCGUUUGGCCAAUGACAUAUAUAGGAGUAGCGUGCAAUUUCUUAUACUACAAUUUUCUCAAUUCGACCUAACUUGUUGUAAAAAAUGUUCGUCCAAAAGCUUCUGUACCGGAGGUUCGCCCGAAGAAGCGUUAUUAUUUUACUUGAGAAGCGGAUUGGUGGGCUCCGGUUGUAAACGUAAGCUCCCCGAUCACGAGGCGUGCGUAGAAGCUUGUGACGAUCCAGAUGAAUAUUAUCUGGCAAAUAAAUGGUUUGGGGAAUCCAUAUACAUAAUGCCCGAAGACGACCGGGAAAUACGUCGGGACAUAUCAACUAACGGGCCCCUGCUCGCCAUUUUCAAGGUUUAUGAGGAUUUCAAGGAUUACAGCAGUGGAAUUUAUGAGCAUACGCAUGGGAAGUUGCUCGGUUACCACAGCGUCAAGGUCAUCGGUUUUGGUGAAGACGAUGGGACACCUUACUGGCUGGCAGUGAACAGCUGGGGAGGUUAUUGGGGUGAAAGCGGUAGAGUAAAGAUAAAACGCGGCCAAGCCAACGUUGAUUUCGAGAAACGCAUGGUAGGCGUAAUCCCGAGGGCUCACUUUCAUUAAAUAUCUGUCUUACGAUUAAGAUUGCUGUCAAAUGUUUAAAUAAAACGAUCAUUCAUUAA